UCCGCCAUCUUGGCGCCGGUGGAGGUGAGGGCCGUCCCCGCCGCUGAACUUUGGGGGCAGAUUCCCGGGGCCUGCUGGGAACAGGACUUCUAAAAGGCAAAUAUGUCUGGAAGGCUUUGGUGCAAGGCCAUUUUUGCUGGCUAUAAGCGAGGUCUCCGGAACCAGAGAGAGCACACAGCUCUUCUUAAAAUUGAAGGUGUUUAUGCUCGAGAUGAAACUGAAUUCUACUUGGGCAAGAGAUGUGCUUAUGUGUAUAAAGCAAAAAACAACACAGUGACACCUGGAGGCAAGCCAAACAAGACCAGAGUGAUCUGGGGGAAAGUAACUCGGGCCCACGGAAACAGUGGCAUGGUUCGUGCCAAAUUCCGAAGCAACCUUCCUGCAAAGGCCAUUGGACACAGAAUCCGUGUGAUGCUGUACCCUUCCCGGAUUUAAACUAAUGAAAGUAAAUAAAAGUGGAUUUGUGCUCUUGUAUUUCCUUUCACCAGAA